GUAACCAGGCUGUAGUGCGCGCACAAAACCGCAAGAGUGAGGACUUUCUCCACAUCAGCGCACGUUUGACUCCGGGGCUGUCGGGUGUAAACAUACAGCUCUGUAAAGGAGAGCGAUGGCGAGGCGCAGAGGAAAGAGCAGCAGUAAACAGGACGACAGCUGGUUAACUGUAGAGGCACCAACGGGACAAUUGUCCCGAGGCUUUACCGAAUAUGUCGUGCCGGGUGUUUUAUUGCUUAUCGUCGCUGUCGGCGGGUCAGGACUCGGCUGGGUCUGUAGUGAUCAACAACAAAUGAUCGAGAGCCUGUCGGAAACGCUGGCGUCCAUGCAGGCGAGAAUAACGAAGCUUCAGCAGCAGAUAGGGCCUGAUAACCCACAGCUUGCUAAUUUUGGUGGUUUUGAAGAGCGCCUUAUGGCCCUGGAAGAUGCCUAUGCCAAAGCACAACGACAGGUUGAGCUUGCCCUCACCACAUCUGAACAAAUCAAGUCCAAAGACCUACAAAAUAAAGUAUGGUCCCUGCAAACUGAGAUGAAUGACAAACUGGCAGAACUUCAGCAGAACACCAUUUCCAUUGCUGCUCUGAAUGCCAUCAUUAAGAACAAGAGUAUUGAGUUUGAGGUUGUGAAGCAGAGUGUCAACACCAUGUUGAGCACUAAUGCAGAGCUAGCCAUCCAGAUUGCAGGGUUUUCUAGCACACUUUCAGUCAACAAGUUACGCUUGGAUGAGCAGAUAUCUGUUGUCAGUGGUCUGAUGUCUCAGUUAGAGGGUCAGAAGAGAGAAAUCAAUGAAAUAAAAGACUUAUUUGCCAACAACAAGGAAUCACUUGCUGUGAAUUCACAGGAGUUGAUGGAUAUCAAAGAGCUUCUAGAAUCUGAGCAAAUUAAACGGACACAAAAGCUUGAAAAGCAGAUGAAGUCACUUUAUAAGCGUCUGGAAGAUCAUCAGUCGAAUACAGAGAGUCUCCAUUUCCACCUUGCAGCCCAGCUGGAGGCUUUACAGAUCCAGGGAAUGAGCGAGGAGAAAAGCCCGGACAGCUGCAGGAGAAACUCUGGGUGCACCAGUGUUCUCAGCAUAGAGCAAAUGCUGGCUGUGAAUCCUGGGAAGACGCCCAUCAGUCUGCUGCAGGAGUAUGGAACGAGGAUAGGCAAGACACCGGUGUAUGACCUGCUGAAGGCCGAAGGUCAGGCCCACCAGCCCAACUUUACCUUCCGUGUGUCUGUGGGAGAGAUCAGCUGCACAGGCCAGGGCCCCAGCAAAAAGGCUGCCAAACAUAAGGCUGCUGAAGCUGCUCUCAAGAUGCUGAAAGGAGGGAUGCUGGAAGCGUUGAAGAGCAGCGUGAUAGAGGGAGAACACUUUGAUGACAUAGAUAUCCCCAUGGAGGGAGACUGCUCCCAGACAGAGCUAAAGUUAUCUAGUUCCAGCCAGCAAGCUGAGUGUAAUCCCGUUGGAGCUCUACAGGAAUUGGUGGUGCAGAAAGGUUGGCGUUUGCCAGAAUACACAGUCACGCAAGAGUCUGGACCUGCACAUCGCAAAGAGUUCACCAUGACAUGCAAAGUAGAGAAAUUUGUUGAGAUUGGUAGUGGUACAUCAAAGAAGCUUGCCAAGAGGAAUGCAGCAGCAAAGAUGCUCUCCCGGAUCCAUGAUGUUCCUGUAGACAUGCGCAGCAGCCAUGAAGCUGAGGCAGAGGACGAUACAUUCAACAUGCACAUAGGUGGCAGGCUAGAAGGCGGGAAGUGUAAGGGGUUUGGAUGCACAUGGGAUUCUUUGCGUAACUCAGCAGGAGAGAAGAUCCUGCAGCUGCGUAGUCACCCAUUGGGCCUGCCCAACUCCAACUUCUGUUCCCUGCUCCAUGACCUAUCUGAAGAGCAGCGAUUUGACGUCAGAUAUUUGGACAUAGAGGAAUGCAGUCUCAGUGGCCUGUACCAGUGUCUUGUGGAAUUGUCCACUCAGCCCAUCGCUGUCUGUCAUGGCUUUGCUCCCAGUCAGGAUGCAGCACGGGCCAGUGCAGCACACAAUGCGCUCCAAUAUCUCAAGAUCAUGGCCAGUGGAAAGUGAGUUUGGGCUCUUUACCAGAAACGUGGGUUCAGACUCAAAGGUACUGUAGCCUACAGUACAGUAAACAGGGGGCUUAUGGGAUGUUCUAGACACCUCAUGUUGGCAAACCAUUUGUAAUGCCCCAGAGACACUUGACUUGUUCCCCUGAGCUAUAAGAUGAAGUGAUGAGGUCUUUUGUAUCCUAAAAUAUUUAAGGACUGGUUUUAACUGAAGGCCUUGCUUUUGUACUACCUCCAUGUGAUGAAUUUGAUUUUGUUUUUAAAUUAUCCUAAAAUUUCUUCCCUUUAACUGACAUUUUAAGGUAAUAUUACUCUAAAUUAUUGUAUAGAUACAAAAGUUUUUAACGUAACAGUUUGCCUUGCCAGGAUUUUUAAUAACAAGAAUUGUACCUUACUUCUAAUUCAGAUUCCAAUUAAACCUACCUCCACAUUUAUUUGGUUAUUGGGUCCAAAUUGCCAAUUCCUUUUAUGGUCAAUUAUAAGGCACUGCAUGAAUUUAAUAAAGUUAGUAAAUUGUGAGCUCAAGUCUUUAGGUCAUAAUCAGUUUUGAGCAGAAAUGUACAGAAAAUUAAUUUGAUCAGUUUUAGAGUUGUAAGGUCUUACAACUAAUAAUAAAGAUGUUUUAAUUCAGUGUCGA